GGAACCAUUAUCACUAUCAGUAAAGCCCCAAUUGCUGCUGAACCGUCCGAUGACGAAGGAAGAACGUGAAGACAAAAUUUAAUCAAUAUCAACGAGUGAAAAGUGCAUAUUACAUCAAUUGAAGCGAAUUGCCUUCUUUGAAUUGGAAAUCAACAGAAAGCACGAUACUGGGAAAACAAAGAAACAACUUUGUUUAAAUAAAGUUAAAGUUGAUAUGAAAAUUAGGGAUACAUAAAAGACUACCUUGAGGAUAGGCCUAUGAGGGAAGGAUUUGCUCUGAUGCUCGCCAGAAAGGAUUCCACCAGUUUUUUUCCAACUCGUUUUCGUGUAGAAAUAUUGUUGUGAAUCACAUAGCUUACUGGAAAAUGAACUCGCCAGCAUAGAUAAUAUUGAUGACAUUUAACAUUUUGGAAUAUUCUCAAUAGUCAUCUCACCAUAAGCCUAGUGCUCAAAAUGCCCAUUGUGAGCAUCCUGAAACGAGCGUCCAGUUAUAUUCUUGGUAGCGACGAAGACAGCGAAGAGAGCAACGAGAUGGUAUACGAAGAUAACGAAGUCCUGUUCUGCAAGAACAAUAUUUGUGUCCACCCACCUGCCGUCGUUCGCCAGGAAUCAGACGUUCUGCACUACCCGGGCUAUUUGACGGUCACCACCAAGACCUUUAUCGAUCAGUAUAACAAUGCCAAACGACCAACCUUGUUUCUUACGUGGAUCCCCAACUCAACUUUAAGAAAAUGUCCUUCGACGGUGGAAAAUAUCGCGUUCUUUCGAACUAGCAAUUUGAGCGAAAAUAAACUGAAACAGCACCAGCAGGAACAGCAGAAGUUACAACAAUCGCAAAAUCCAAAAUCUAGCUCUAACCAGUCUAACGUCUCCAAAAGUGAUGCUGUGAAUCAAAAAGUGGAGAAAAAUGGUGAAAACCCUUUCGCGGUAGCUUUAAGAAUUGCCAACACAAACCCAUUCCUGGAACCGUACAAUGAGACCAUCGCGCAAAAUUCUACUGACUCUAAAUCGAUGAACUGUUCCGACUACUCCGAGACUAUCAGUAUAAGUUCUAGCUCAGAUAAGGCCAGUCUGUGCAACAGUACCGAGUAUAGUCGUGAAGAUGUUCACGACGACGAGGAAGACGAAGGUAUUAUGACUUCGGAAACGCACAUGUCGACAAGUGCAACGGAGGAAACAGCUGAAGAACAGGAAUUGAAAACUGAACUACAACCGCUGAUUGAAACGGAAGAAACGAAAGCUAACAGCAUGGCAAAAGUUCUACCGACUCAAACGUCGCUCACAUCGGUCAACAUUACAAUUGCAAGUCCGCACAUACAGAACGUGGACAUAUCGCCACCAGAAGCGGCACUAUCGCAAAAUGAACGAUUUAUGCGAUCACUAUCAAUCUCAUCCAAUGAAGAGAACAAUCCCAAUUGGAUGUCCCCCGAAUUGUUGGCCUACAAACAUAACUUGUCCUUUCCGGAAAGUGCGUCCGCCUCGCCGAUUGUAAGCAGGAAGACACAGCUCAAAUGUAGAAGAUUCUCGGUCGACCUAAGCCAAAUGCGAGCCUUGCGUUUAUUCUUCAACGAUGAAAAUUGUACCUCUGGUCAAUUAGUAAUUGCUUCGCGCGAGUCACAGUACAAGAUCCUUCACUUUCAUCACGGAGGAUUGGAUCAUCUAGCACAAGUGCUGCAUCAGUGGCACUGCCUUCUGCACAACAUCAAGCUAGCGCCAGGUCAGGAUGAACCGAACCUUCCCUAUCGCCAGUUUAUGGUGUGUCGCCCAGAGGUACGACAAUCCGAGCUACAUCCAGAGGAGGGCAAAGUCAGCAAGAUAACAACGGACUACUUCUAUGGAACACUUCUGAACGAGAAGGGACAGAUUGAGGACGAUCUCCAGCUGCGCAAGUGUGUCUUUUUCGGUGGAUUGGAGAAAAGCUUGCGUAAAACAGUGUGGCCCUUUUUACUGCACUGUUACAGCACAAAUUCUACCUUCGAAGAUCGGGCGGCUCUGACGGAAAUUCGUCGCCAAGAGUACGAGGAGAUCACGAGACGGCGACUGUACUCGAUGUCCCCCGAGGUUCAGGCACAGUUCUGGCGUUCGGUUCAGUGUGUCAUCGAGAAGGACGUUAUCCGUACGGACCGCGGUAAUCCGUUCUUCGCCGGGGAAGACAAUCCUAACAUCGACACUAUGAAAAAUAUUCUACUAAAUUAUGCUUUCUAUAAUCCGGGAAUGUCGUACACACAAGGAAUGAGCGACUUAUUGGCGCCAGUGCUGUGCGAAAUUAAAAGCGAAUCGGAGACGUUCUGGUGCUUCGUUGGCCUUAUGCAGCGUGCUAUAUUUGUGUGUACGCCUACCGAUAAUGAUAUUGAUCGAAAUUUGUGCUACCUGAGGGAAUUGAUACGACUGAUGGUUCCUAGCUUCUACAAGCACCUACAGAAGCACACCGAUGCCAUGGAAUUGUUGUUUUGCCACCGCUGGAUUCUAUUGUGCUUUAAACGAGAGUUUACCGAAGCGGUUGCUAUUCGCAUGUGGGAAGCGUGCUGGUCCAACUACUUGACUGACUAUUUUCACCUAUUUCUCUGCCUGGCUAUUGUAGCGGUUUACGCUGAUGAUGUUAUUGCUCAAGACCUGCGAACAGACGAGAUGCUGCUGCACUUCAGUUCACUAGCUAUGUACAUGGAUGGACAAUUGAUACUCCGCAAAGCACGUGGUUUACUGUACCAAUUUCGUCUAUUCCCGAAGAUUCCCUGUACCCUAUCCGGGCUGUGUAAACGAUGUGGGCCAGGGAUGUGGGACUCUGGUCAUCAUCCGUCGAUCGAGUGUAUCGGUCAUCUGGAUCAUGAAACAUGCGCACUGGCUGUAGAUUAAAGUACGACACGCGUGGAUAAACGGCACGACAUUCCGACCACUUCACCACAAAUUUGAGCAAUGAUCUGUAUGAAUAAACAUUAUGUUACAAUUUAAGUUAAAUUCGUACACCAGCAAAUACGUGAUAAAUGAACAACUGAACAUGCUUAGUAUAGUUAGGGCCAUUUGUUGCAAAAUUUAACUCCACGAUUUUAUUUACAAUGCUUGCUGUAUAAGAGACGGGCGAUGAACUGAUGUGCAGAGUAUUUGACUGUACAACGAAAACAUUUACCAAUUGAAAGUGUGCACCCUAAGUUACUAUAUUAGUAUGCCUGAAGAAAAGACAUAUUCCAUAAAUGUUACUUUUUUGAAUAGAAUACUACUAACUAGCGCAACCAGCUAUACCAUCAAUGCAAUCAAUUACACACAGGCACAUAAAACAAAGAACAAUAAGAAAAUAGUCGUUGAGCUACGCUUUGUUAUCAGUAAAUUUUAGAAAUCAAAACCUUAAAGCUUCCACGUGAUCCACUACGCAUGGGUUACGGUUACUCAGACAAAAAUGACAUCAAUGUGUUUGACGACAACAAUAGAAACUAUACCAACCAAAUGAUGAAAAAUAAUCAAAAUUACAGUGCGGAUUUUUUCGAAAUAAACAGGAGCAGUCGUUUCUAAACGCUGUGCUUAAAGGAUUUUUUUGAACAUGAUAGCUCUUUUUCAAAAAGAAUAGACUGACGUCUAUCUUUUUAAGUUGUCAAGUUUUAUUAUUUUUCCAAUAAUUUUAGGUGUCAUAAGUAGUAUUUUUCAUUGAAAACAUCUGAGUUACUGCGACCACUGCAUAAUACAAAACAGCUAACUUAGUCAGAUUUACAAUGCAAUAGAUUGAUAGUAGCUAUGAAUACCCCCAUUCAAAUUAGUAACAAUAGCUGAAAACAAUUACAGCGGAAUAAUUAAAAAAACUACAAAAUAGCCCUGAAGAAACUACUAACAUAUUAGCGGAGAUGCGCAGUAGUAUAAUAAUUGUUGAUGUUAUGAACUAUUUACACAAAUUUUAUAAUACAAAUUCUAAUGGUAAUAAACUCUUUGGCAUGGUUUUAACAAAAAAUGUUGCAGAAUGAAUGGAACGGAUUUUGAGAAAUGAUAAUGUGAAAUGCAGUGAGUAAAAUUGUGACAACAUCAGAAUGGACUGCAACGGUCUCUCGGCGUUGAUGCCUUCUUGUUUCAAAUAAAAAUCGUAUCGUCAAUCGGAUAUGAAUAUGUGUUGUCAUGUGUAGUGUUUCCAGAUACAUGUGAACAUAGUGAACAGUUUCGAAAAAUCUUCCUUUAAACUAAUCAACUGUUGAGUGACCAUGGCAUUCGAUAAACAACUAACCAGUUGGAUAGAUCCUACUACACAGUUAUCCCACAUCACUCAAUAAUGGAAUACUCAUUCGUUUAAUUUUACCAUUAUCUCAAAUAUCCGAGCGCAAAAAAAUAUCAAUCGCAGCUUCAUCAAAUCUAACAGUUUCGGUACCAAUCCCUUAUACUAAAUGAACUUAGUACUGUUUCUGGGUAGAUUUAUCAUCCCAUUGUUUGCGUCGUUCAACGAUUGUGAAGCUAUUACUCAAGUAAUUAAAAAAAUCCACUGAGGAAACAACUUAUGAAAAUCAGAUAGUAACUCUAUUAACCGAAUGUAAGAUAGAUCUAAACCAGAAUGAAAUUAUGUAACGUGAUCAAAUGAUGUAUUAUUUUACCAAAGUGAACAGCAACCAAGUGUAAUUAUAUAUGAUAGGGAAAAUAAACAAUGUAAUAGAUAUCUUGUAAAAGUACACCGCUUCGAAUAAAAGUCUAUCAGACAUAAAACUGA